CACAUCUUCAACCGCCCGUGCAGAAGAACAGGAAGAAGAGUUCUCUUGUGAAGUAGAGGAGAACGAGGAGGACGCGUUUCAUCCAAUGCGCAGCAGCGGUGCGCCCACGACUUCUUCUAGUCGACGCGAAAUAAAAUUAGGUUCCAGUUUGUCAGCUUCAGCUGCAUUAGCACAAUUCCGACGCGAAUCCGCAGCGGAGCAACUACAAACGGGGGCCCAAGGUAGUCGUUCAGUUUCUUCUAGCCUGGUGGUGCGGGGGCAAGGCGCAUGCGCGAGUACACGUGGCACAAAACAUUGGCAUCAUCUGGCACUAGUAACAGAUGAGGCCGCGGCGAAAAAGGAGCGGGAUCGUGCUUCGGGCUCCGGAAGGGACGACGAGAAAGAAUCCAACUCUGCGAGGAGAGUAGAUCGGCAUGAUAUUCAUCCUCCUGCUUCGCGGGAGCCGAAACUCGAACUUCCCUUGAAGUCAUCAGAUACUACCCAAAUCAAAAAUCCUUCCGACCAUCUCUUGAUGCACUGUUCCGACUUAGACGCUGCGACACUUUUUGAUUUGGGCCUCAUUGAUGAUGACAACGACGGCUUUAAGACUGUCGUGUCCAAGUCCAAACGGAAGCCAAAAACCCCAAAAACCACUGUCCACAGCAAGAAUAAAACGGCUGCUGGAGGUGCAUGUGCAAGCGGCUCGUGUACAACUACUUCCACGCCCGGAGGACCAGGGCUGGGCGGCUCAUCUUCUGCAAGGAGUGCUGCGGGAAAAAAUGCUGGUGGCAAAAAUCUAACUUUUCAUAACAAGGAUCGGACGAACCUCCGCGACGCGAACAAGGAUCGGACGAAAUAUCUCUCUGGGGACGACCUUGUGCGCAAAGAGACCAGGCUGGAGGGAACGGUUUGUCGAAUAUACGUUUUUGUUGCGUAUAGGAAGUGAGUGAGAAUGUCGUUGUGGUCCACCUCAAAAUGCAUUUGAUACGAAGUUCGUCUGCGUAGUUCGAAGCUCUAACACCGUGUUGUUCUUGACAAGAUCACUAGAAGUGUUUAUGAGCAAAGCUACAUACCCGAAGAUGAACAGAUCCCCAUCAACACAACUUCUAAACCACCAGAUCGUCAAAUUCCUGCACGUAUCGCAGUCCUCGCUGAUGAUCAAGUAUCCAAGAAAAAAACUUUGCUAGUGUAAGUCUUUUGGGAAAACAGCAUCACAAGUUUGUCUGAGGAACGGAAAACACGAGCCGAUCAUGCAUGUGGCGCAUGACAAGUGUAACUGUUUUGCAUUUUCUGCAUCACAGAUUUACUCUGACGCAGUUUUUUUCUUGCAUAUCAAGCCGCAGUCCUUGUUCCGCCACCACGUGGUGGGUCGAAAGGAGUUAUCCACUGCAAAAGUAUAAUCGCACUCGUACACCAGAUCGCAGUCUGGCAUGACAAAUCUAAUUUUCUAACUGAUUCAGCAUGACAAACUGCGUUUUUGUUUUUGCGAAAAUUUGUCAUGCGAUUUUUCGUACUAGUACGAUACUUGUUUUGCAAUGCAUAGAAGUGGUUUUUGUCCGAACAAGACCGGAACCGGGUUUACAAUAAAGGAGAUUUUGUCUCUUUCGCACUGUCCCACAACCCGCAGCCGAAAGAGCACAAGUGGGAGCAGUUCGUCGCUGUCGAGUUGAGGUUCGAGAAACCAGCAGCUGUGCGCAGUUGUACUACUGCAGGAGAGAACCCCAGUCCGGCAAAUUCUUGCUCUGUGGUGACGACGCCGGCGUCGUGGUCGGGUAAAGGGGCAUGUCGAGCAGGUGAUUCUGUCAACACGCCCAGCACGAUGGUCACCAGCACAAACAGUCCGCCUAGUUGUCAGCAUGGUGAGAAACUGAUCACUACUCGAUCUGAACAGAUGAAGCUGCAGAUGAUGCAGCACAACACGACCACCGACACCGUGGGUUCUGCGCAGCCGGAGUUCGUUCCCGGGGAGGUUGCGCGGCGGGGGUCUCAAAAGACGACAGAAAAGAAGCUAGACGAGGACCACGGCCCGCCGCAG